AUGGCCGGUCUGCCUCCCGGCUGGGAAUGGGACUACGACGGCCAACGCUGGUUCUACAAGUACAAGCCAACAGGUCAUAUACAAUACCACUUCCCAUCAGAAGGCGAUGAGUUCCCCGACUUCAUUGAGGCCGGUGCGCCAGCACCAGACCUGGCUCCCGAGGAACGACUUGAAUCGCAGCAGCAGGUGAAACGACAAACGAGUUCGGCUGGCAGUGGUGCCUCUGGCACUGGCACUGAGGCAAGACGAGCGGCCUCCGCGAGCAACGGCGGCGUCAACAAGUAUGGCAUGUCUGCUACAGCCAAACCAAUCAGCGCAAUAUGGGAAGGGGAUGAUGAAGGCGAGGUGGAUGGUGUAUUCCAGCCAGAGAACUUCAUGUUCCUUGGCCCUGGCACCUAUGCCGAUGUGAGCCCUUUAAUGGAGGAGGAAGAGGAAAUGGCCAAGAGAACCGUUGUUGGGGCAAUAAGUGAGAGGGUUGAAGGGGCUGGAACUCCUCAGACGGCAGCAUCCGCACUUGCCAAGGGCGUCAGUCCUUUGGGAAGCGGCAAGACAACUCCUAUGAUGGCAAAGAGCGAGCCGUCAGUGUCACCGAGACCUGCUGAUGCCGCUGUCCAGGGCGGUAUGGUAAUUGAAAGCCCUCCGGUUAUCGAGAGCGCCCCUGUGGUUGAGGGCGAGCCAGUCUCGUCGCCACAAGCUGCCGAAGUCGAGUCUACAUUCGUCGUUGCAGAAGCACCAGAUUCGUCUGCAGUUCAUAUGAUUGACAGUCGUGAGAUGCCGGUGGAAAUGAUGGGGGACACGAUGCAUCGGUUCGAUCCCGUGGGAUUCGUCGCAGAGAUGCCCACAGAACAUACGGCUGUGGCGCAUGUUGAGCUACACCCGGAUCCCGUCGAGAUUGCAGACAACAGUGUCCUAGCGCCGAUUGAAACAGCUAUGGCAGCGGCGUCAGGAGCCGGAAUGGCUGAGUUGCCAGCCAAAUACAGCCCUGUUGACGGAAAGGAUAUUCCCAUCGUAAACGCGCCAAAAGAACCCGAAAGGAAGCAAUCUGCGGAUGCUGACAAUAUUACGAGAAACGGACAUGUCCAACUUGCACAAGCAGCGCCACCAGAGCAAGUCCAACAACCCAUUCAGCUAGUCGCCAAGAAUGAAGAGCAAGUCUUGACUGCGGCACCAAUCGCUGCCCAAUUUGACGCAGACCAAGGAAAGCAGCAAUACCAUGGACAUGAUGAUAGUCGAUACACACAAGAGCAAUCGGGUAGAUCAGCUGCCUCAGUCCAGCAAGAGACCUUCAAGAUUGCUAGGAAACAGCCAGGUUCACCGAGCACGCCUAUUGCACAGCAGCAACCUCAACAACCUACAUAUCAAGCAUACGUGCCUGGCCAGACGACUACGACUUCGCAUCUAUCUACAUCUGAAAAGAGACAAAGCAUAGGGCUCCAACGCGAAGUAUCUCUAAUGAUGAACGUAAAAAGGGAUUCAGUCAGCAUGGACCCGAGUUCUGUCCCUCAAAUACUGUCACCACCGCAGAAUCCUGGAGCAAGCACAUCAACGCAACCAGCGACGCCCCCACAAGCCCAAGCAGGUGAAACGACGAAACAGCCGGCCGACAACAACACAAACGACAGUGCUGAAGCUUCCCUAACACAUAUUCCGUCAAUUCUGAAGCCUGCAAGGAAUAGAAACUCGAUACAGGGUCUUCCGCUUGCGCAACAACCACCAACACAACCUGCGAUCGUCCCUCCGCCAGCCCAACCACAGGAAGAGAUUCAAAAGGUUGAAGGCGUGUCUAAAUUUCCGUCCGUUUUGCGUCCCGCGCGAGGUAGAUCACCAAGUCAGCCAGGGCAGGGAAUCAACAAUGCUGGACAAGUGCUGCCUCAAACUCAAUCAACUCAGCAGAUAGCCCAGAACACUCAACCUGGUCAAGACUCUGUCCUUCAUGGCGAACACAUGCGCCCUGCAUACCAAACACAAGCUGGCCAGCCUCCUCUGCCAUCUCAAAACCCUCCAUUUCAACAGCCUCCUUGGCAAGCUGCACAGGCGAUGCAACCAGCCCGGCCAGCCAGUGCUAUGCCCGUGAUGAAUCAUGCUCCAUACGGGUCCCAGUACUCAGUGGUUGGUCCUACACCCGUACAGCAGCAUCAAUCCGGCCAAGCUGAAUCAUCAGAACAUGGAAGACCGGCGUCACAAUUGCAGCCAUCACCUCUGCAGCGGAUCCAAGAGGCAGUCGCUAGUCAACCUCCCCGACCCCAAACUGUUGUAGGGACCAUCCAACCUACCUCUACACGCGUUACUCAGGACCCCAUUAUUCAACAACAGCAAGCGUCGAGUUUUGGGCCACUUCAUCAAGUCCAAGAUUUCGGAACAGUAGAGGUAGGUCGGAUCUCGGCUACUGACGGACUCUCUUCAAAUCCUUUGCCAAACGCCAGCACUCAAGUACAACAACAGUCCGUGAGGCCCCAGUCACAAGUUCAAGCAUCGCAGCAAUUUCACACCGUAGAGGCAGGACAGUUACAGCCUCAACCACAGCAUCAACCUCAGUCUGCGUCCUGGGAAUUUCAUGCCCCACCAAUCCAACAUGUGCAAAAUGCGGCAGCCGGACAGCCCCUACCAUCUCAAAGUAUUCAACCUGUGCCUCAAGUCAGCCAUGUCGUUGAGGCUUCUCAGCAACCAUUACAGCAGCGGCAGCAACCGCAUAUCCCGGCCUCAGAUUUCCAGGUUCAGCCGUUGCAAACAGUUCAGAACUCGACAGGUGUUCGGCCACUCCGACCACAAAGUACCGAAGCACUAUCAACUGGAUUCCAGCCAACGCCUUUGCAGAAACAGCCGCCGCAGCAGCAACGAAUAACAACAGCAUCGCAGUUUCAGGUUCAACCUUUGCAAAACGUCCAAAAUGCAUCAGCCGGCCAGCCCAUUCGACCACCGAAAAUGCAGGUUCUUCCAGACAUUGCCCAAUCCAUCGGAAGCCAAGGUGCAGCUGCUCAACAGCAGCCAUCCUCGGCAUCUCAUUUCCAAGUACCUCUGGCUCAAAACAUUCAAAAUGCAGCUGCUGGCCAACCAACAAAACCACAGGAUAACUCCAGGCCGUCUCAGCUCCCUGUGAAGGCUCCGCAGACAAUUGGGGUUCAAAAUGUCCCUACUCCCUCUCAACAACCUCCUGUGUCACAAUUUCAAGUCCCUCAAUCGCAGAACGUUCAAAAUGCGAGUGCUGGGAGUCCGCAACAGUCAUUGCAACAACGCCCAAGCUCGCAGUUCCAGGUACCGGCGUUGCAACAGAUUCAAAAUGCAGCCGCGGGCCAGCCUAUUCGACCUCAAAGCGCAAAUGGGUCCGGACAACACACGCCUGCCUCAGAUCCAGCCCCGGUCUCUGCUGUUCAAUAUCCUCAGCAGUCUAAUCAAGUUAAUGUUAGUAAUCAGGGGCCUCGGCGAGCGUCGACAUUCACUCCUGGUGAGGUAUCUCCCGUUCGGCCACGAGAAGAUAGCCAAGUCUCUGCCUUGGGAUCGCCAUCCCCCAUGGACCCAAGCAGGCGAAGCUCUUCAAAUGCGAACAUGAGUGGUCCGAACUAUACACCCUCACCGAUGACUGAUGCUACUGGACCAGCCGUGCAAACAAGCCACACACAAUCCACGACGCCAAGCACUCAAGGACAAAGCCCUCCUGUUCCGGCAAAGAUUCGUGCGCAUGCCGCAGGCUCCUUUUUUCCCGUUCAAAAUUCAACUGAGUCUCCGCCGUCCCAUGACAAACCUCCAACGCAAGAUACGCCACAACACCGACAGCAGCAGCAGCUCCAGCAACAUAGUUCUCCGCCACCACGUCCCCAGAAACAAGAAACAAGGGAAGGUCAGGAACCACAACCUUCGUCUCAGCCACACGGUCAAGAAAAGCAACUGCCGCGGGAACCUACUCAGGAUACCGAGCAUCCUAUUGGGUAUCAAGUCAAACAGACUGCCAACCAAGCCAAUCUUGUUCCGAUUGCUCCGCCAGGUCCGUCUACGCCUAGCUCGGGACACGUUCUAGGCCGAAUUGAAGAGCAUGACGAAUGUGAACCUGGCCCUAAACCAGAUCAGACGCCCCAAGUCACACGGCCAAGCUCCAUGGCAUCCAGUGUGCAGCAGUCGAUACCGGACACGCCAGGAAGUCCGCAUGGACCCACGCUGCAUCAACCCAAACCAGUUGCACCAAGUCAAGUUCAACGCCCAGUACAAGCACUGGGACAGUCACCAGCACCGCAAUCCCCCAUGGGGCAACCACCUAUCGGCCAACCGGUUCCUGGACUACAGCCUCAGCCUAUUUUGCCAACUGGCCAAAUGCCAGGUCAGAUGCAAAAUCAAAUAGCUCCUGGAAGGAUAGUACCCGCGCAAAUGCCACCGGGACCAACUGCUCCAGCAUUCCAGGGUCAAUGGAAUCCGGCCACGAAUCCCAACGCCCCUCCACAAGGUGGUAAGGAGAAAGAAAAGAAAUGGACGAAGUGGUUCAAGGGUGGAAGUGCCAAACCCAAACCAGCACCACAGCAGAUGAUGCCGCCUCAGCCAGGUCCCAUUCCUAACCCUGGGCCACAGCAAUGGACCGGGGGUCCAUAUAGUCCGAGCCACUUCUGGCAACAACCAGGUCAACAGGGACCCUUUAGCCAUGGGAAUCGUCCAAGCAUGUCCGACUCAGCGUCAAUAUCUACGGUAGGGUCCGACAAGAAGAGCCAGCAUAGCCAAAACAUGCCGCCAGCCCAGGGCCAGAUGCACAUGCCACCUGUCGCGCCAAACCAACUGCCAGGAGGACAGAUGAUGAUGCCAGGCCAACCAAAUCAGUUGCCAGGUCACGGUCCUAUUCCAGGGCAACUUCCGCAGCAAAUGCCGCCGCAAAUGCGUGUGUCUGGGACAAUGGUGCCGGGACAAGGACCGCCAGGUCAAAUGGCCCCUAUUCAGAUGCGUCCUGGCCAACAGAUGCCUGGCCAGCCGCCACCGGGACAGAUGCCUCCAGCCCAAGGAUACUUUGGACAGGUGCAUCCUCUGCAAAUGCCAAUUACCACUCAUUCACAAGGCUUCGCACCGCCUCAGUCUGGAUUUCAACCACAGGGCCAAACGGGAAUGGGACACCAGGGUCAGCCCAGCUUCGCUCCGUCGCCGUCCGGCCAUUCCAAGACGCCUUCAAUUUCUAGCCAAGCAAGUAUACCGCCGCAGGGAGUGCCGCCUCUACAGAUGCAGGCACCAGCAAAUCAACAGCCUCAGCAGCCCCAACAUCAAAACAUGAUGCCAGCACCCCUGUUUGCUGGCUCAGGCGGAAAUCGCCCACCAAAUGGUACACAACCUCAAGUACAACAAGCACCUUCAGCGAACGUACCAGCUGCCAAUAACAAGUGGGCUCAAAGGCCGGCUGCCGAUUACUCUGGCGGUGAUUGGGGUGACGAGGAGAAUUGGGAACGGAGAUAA